AUGGCUGUCCGCCACCGGCGAUCUUCGACAAUCGAAGUCAUUGCAGAUGCAGCGAAGAAUAUUGAGAAAAACAUAGAGAAUCGGUUAUCAUUGACGGUGCCUUGGGAUGAUUUACCUUCAUGGCAGCAGGACAACCAUUACAUCCUUUCUGGAUAUCGAGUCGCCUCGAAUUCGUUCAGAAAGUCCUUCGCCAGCCUCGGCUACCUCCACAAUGAGACUGUUAAUCUUUAUUCACACUUCCUAGGAGCCAUCGCCUUCUCUAUUACUGGUGCUAUACUUUAUUCCGCGAUCGAAUCCCGAUAUGAGACCGCAACACGGUCAGAUAUCACCGCAUUUGGAUGUUUCUUCCUCGGUGCAGCAAUUUGCCUGGGCAUGUCUGGGACGUUCCAUACGAUUUCCAAUCAUUCUCCAAUGGUUGCCAGGUUUGGUAACAAGCUGGAUUAUGUUGGUAUUGUGUUCCUUAUCACUGGGAGUUUCAUUCCCAGCGUUUUCUAUGGCUUCUAUUGCCAUCCGCACUUGCAGGAAUUCUAUUGGACAAUGAUAUGUUCCUUGGGGUUAGGCUGCGCCAUGGUAUCUAUUUUUGAUAAAUUUAGGACUCCAGAAUGGCGGCCCUACCGAGCCGGCAUGUUUGUUGGUAUGGGCAUGUCUGCAGUCUUCCCUGUUCUACAUGGACUAGAACUAUACGGGGCUGAAGAGAUGCAACAGCGGAUAGGCUUGACAUGGAUGGUAACACAAGGCGUCCUAUACAUUCUAGGAGCCGGAAUUUAUGCAGCUCGCUGGCCCGAACGCCAAUGGCCGGGAUCGUUCGACAUAUGGGGAAGCUCCCACCAGAUAUUUCAUAUUCUUGUUCUGAUGGCAGCUGGUGCCCACCUGUGCGGCCUUUUGAAGGCAUUUGAUUAUCAUCAUCGAACGCUCGGUCUCCAGUGUUGA